CCUGAGCCCGGCUCUUGGAGCCCUGGAGGCCAGGCCAGGCCCGGGCUCUCGGCCCCAGGGGCACCUCAGCCCGAGCCUUGUCCCAGACCCUGGGCUCGGGGGGAGGUCGCUGCCACCACUGCCCGGGACGUGCAGGCCUCCCACCUACCCCCCAGGCCUCCACCCAUCUGGCCGACUGGCCGACUGGCCGCCAUGCGCCUGCCGUGGGCCGCCUCCCCCUGCGGCCUGGCCUGGGGGCCACUCGUCCUGGGCCUCUGCAGUCUCCUGGCAGCAUCCCAGACCCCACUGAUGAGGGAGGGGCCCGCACAGGCGCCCCCAUACCAUACGGAGAACCAAACGUGCCAGGACCGGGAAAAGGAGUACUACGAGCCCAAGCAUCGGGUCUGCUGCUCCCGCUGCCCCCCAGGCACACGUGUCUCAGUGGAAUGCAGCCGCGGCCAGAACACAGUGUGUGCCAUGUGCCCCGAGAAUUCCUACAAUGAGCACUGGAACCAUCUCUCCUUCUGCCAGAUGUGCCGCCCCUGUGACCAGAUGCUGGGCUUCGAGGAGACUGUGCCUUGCACCAGCAAACAGAAAACCCAGUGCCGCUGCCAGCCCGGAAUGUUCUGCGUGCACUGGGAUACCGAGUGUGUGCACUGCGAGCCACUCUCCAACUGCCCACCUGGCACUGAGGUGGAGCUCAAAGAUGAAGUCACGGAGGCUAAGAGAAACUGUGUUCCCUGUAAGGCAGGGCACUUCCAGAAUACCUCCUCCCCCAGGGCCCGCUGCCAGCCCCACACGAGGUGUGAGGAACAGGGUCUGGUAGAGGCAGUUCCAGGCACUGCCCAGUCUGACACCAGCUGCAGAAAUCCACUCGAGUCCCCUGAGAUGCCAGCUGUUCCGUCUGCUGUCCUGGCAGGAACCGUGCUGGUGCUGGCCAUCCUGCUGCCGCUGGCCUCUCUCCUGUUCCUCACCACGGUCCUGGCCUGCUCCUGGAAGAGCCACCCCUCUCUCUGCAGGAAGCUGGGAUCCCUGCUCAAGAGGCGUCCAGAGGGAGAGGAAUCAAAUACUGCUGAUGGAAGUUGGGAACCUCCGAGGGUCAACCCACAUUUCCCUGACCUGGUAAAGCCACUUCUGCCCUUCUCUGGAGACUUGGCCCCGGCCUCGGCCAGGCUCCCAGCGACCCCAGGCUUGGAGGAAGAGGUGCUACAGCAGCAGAGUCCUCUAAGCCAGGCCAGGGAGCUGGAGGCUGAGCUCCCAGAGCAAGGCCAGGUGGCCCAUGGUACCAACGGCAUUCAUGUCACCGGCGGGUCUGUGACUGUCACUGGCAACAUCUACAUCUACAACGGGCCAGUACUGGGGGGAGCACGGGGCCCUGGAGACCCCCCUGCUCCCCCAGAACCUCCAUACCCCACCCCCGAAGAGGGUGCCCCAGGCCCCCCCGGGCUCUCUACACCCUACCAGGAGGAUGGCAAAGCUUGGCACCUGGCUGAAACAGAGACACUGGGGUGCCAUGCCCUCUAACAGGGCCAAGGACCCAAUUUGUCCCCCAUGCCUCUUGGUGUCUGGGAAAAGCCAGGAGAAGGGAGGUGCAAGAGCAUCUUCUCCCUGCGGCUGCCCUACCCACACAGGACUGACAGAGGGCCUGGAUAGGGCCCCUGAGAGGCAGACCCUGAGGGGCCGGGCCUGAGACGCAUCUCUGAGAGCAGGGCCGGGCACUGGCCGGGUAUGUGCAUGCCACAAGACUCUCACCGCCUCCUGUGCAGGCCUGAGACUUCACUGCAGACCCUCCUGCCCGCCGGGGCUGCACUGCCCACGCUUCGGGCACGGACAGGGCAAACGAUGCUAACUGCUGCCCGCCACGGCAUUCUGCACCCUAAGCAGGGCACAGAAGGAGGACAGCCACAUGGCCACUUGCAAGGACAUCAGCGGGACCUCCAGCAGAUUCGUGGUGCUCAUCCCCAAGCUUCAGAGGCCCUUUGAGAGCCCACACUUCACAUGGACUGAAGUAGACCCUGUAGAAGAUGGAGUUACAUGGAGGACCACCCCUCCCCUCUCCUCCUAGAAAGGGAGUCACUAAAAACUGGGGGUUUGGAUACAGUUACUAGGUAGAAGGGAGAGUUUUGGAGGGAGAGGAAAACGGCAAGUGUAUUUAUAAAUUGUAACCACAUGCAAAUAAAGAGGAGAUCGAGACCUAGA